UGCAGUCCGCUCCCUGCCGUAGUUGAGUAAACUACAUGGACGUUAGCGGGCGCAGCGGCACCACCAGCGAGCCGGAGUGGAUUAAAGCAGCGCGCGUGUGUGGAGAGCCACUCGGUAAACGACCGUGUAACCGAGUGCGAGACCCCGGUGUGUAACCGCGAGUCCGUCACAGCAGCUCGCGGCUGCGAAACAGCGGAGGGAAGGCUCUCGGCGAACUCAGUUAGUGGCGUGUAUUGUGUGUCAGGGCAGGGAGAGCUCGGCGGGAAUGGCUUCAUCUCCGUGCGGCAACGGCAACUUUGAUUCCGGUCUGGAAAUCAAAACUCGCUCGGUGGAGCAGACGCUUAUUCCCUUAGUGUCGCAGAUCACCACUCUGAUCAACCAUAAAGACAAGCCAAAGAAGUCUGAGCGCACCCUGGCAGCAAUACACAGGGUGGGUCAGGCAGUGAGCUUGGCAGUGGGACGUUUUGUUGCCGUCGGGGAAGCCAUUGCUGCAGAGAACCAAGAACUGAAGGAUGAGAUGGGUCACGCCUGCUUCGAGGCACGCAGAGCGGGUGAUGCCAUAGCGCAGCUGACAGAUGUGGGAUCAGCCUUGCCAUCCCAGUCAGACGGACGUGUCACAGUGUUCAGUGAUAGGACAGGGAUGGUGAAAGCUGCACGUUUGCUCCUCUCCUCAGUCACUAAAGUCCUGGUCUUAGCUGACCGCAUCGUUAUCAAACAGAUAAUCACAUCAAGGAACAAGGUCCUGGUAACCCUCGACCAUCUGGAAAGAGUCAGCACCUUCCAGGAAUUUGUACAGAUUUUCAGCCAGUUUGGCAAUGAGAUGGUGGAGUUUGCCCACCUCACAGGAGACAGACAGAACGACUUAAAGGAUGAGAAGAAGAAAGCGCGGAUGGCAGCAGCCAGAGCAGUGCUGGAGAAAUGCACCAUGAUGCUCCUCACAGCCUCCAAGACUUGCCUAAGGCACCCAGAUUGCGAGUCGGCGCGAAUCAACAAAGACGCCGUGUUCCACCGAAUGCGCUGUGCCCUGGAGCAGGUCAUCGAGAUAGUCACUGAGGCACGGAGCUGCGGGGAGAACAGGAUCCUUCCUGCAAGCAUCUACAACGGCAUCAAGGACUUCAAGUCCAGCGUGGAGUGCCUGCGGGAGAACCUGUACUCCUUGUCACCCCAGAGCGUGGGCAGCCAGCUGGAGGUGCUGGUGGAACGGACAGAGGACUUCACUGAUUCAGCCUACACCAGCCACGAGCAGCGGCAGGCCAUCCUAAGUUUGUGCCAGCUGGCGCGCCAGGACACUCAGCAGCUGAUGCACGCCUGGAUUGAGGCACAGUCUGUCCAUGCCAAAGAGGCCACAGAGGACAUGGAGGUGGUCAUCCUGAAGACAUGCCAGAGCGUCAGUGACCUCAGACGUGAGCUCCAUAAGGCGGCAGUCGGUCGUGCCUCAGACUUGCUGAAAGUUCACGGAGAGCAGUUGCCUCUGCGGGCUCUCAAAGCUGCAGGCGCCGAGGGAAACCUGGAGGCAGUAGCGGAGUAUUCACGCACGCUCACCGAGCAGAAGGAGCAACUGGUGGAGACCUGUCGGCUGUUGUGUCAUGUGUCGGGGACAGAGCCUCUGGAGAUUACCUGUAUACAUGCUGAGGAGACCUUCCAUGUCAUUGGUCCUCAGAUCAUCUCGGCAGCUCAGACGCUGGCCCUCCACCCGUCCAGUAAGAUCGCUAAGGAGAACCUGGAGGUGUUCUGCGAGGCCUGGGAGUCGCAGCUCUGCGACAUGGCCCUGCUAUUGAGAGAGAUCAAUGACGUCUUUGAAGGCAGGCGAGAUAAUCACAAGAACUCUCUAUUCCCAGGAGACAAAAGACCUUAUUUGUCACUUCCCAGACCUGGGAAGCACUCAGCUAACUUGAAGACUGCCAAGGCUGUCAAGCUGGAUGCAGAGGAGCAGACAAGCAUAGCCAAGCUGGGUCUGGAGCUCCGUCUGCUCUCAUCAGACGUGGACACAGAGGUGGAAAAGUGGGAGGAACAAGAACAUGAUAUUGUCCGGCAGAGCCAGAGCCUGGCCAGUAUGGCCUACAACAUGUAUCUGUUCACCAGAGGGGAGGGGCUGCUGAAAACAACACUAGAUCUUUUUCAUCAAGCUGAGGUUCUUUCUGAAGAGGGGCUCCAGAUGUGCUCAUCUCUCCGCACUUUUUCCACUCAGCUGGUUGAUGAGGAAAAGUCUGUGGUGAUGACAGAGAUGGAGAAACUUGUGGCAUUAUGCCAACAGCUGCAGAUGGGGGCCAAGACUCCUGUACAGGGCAAGACUGCCACCUUCCAGAAGGUUCCCAUACUACACGUGGACUCAUCCAUCCAGACAACCAGAGGCAUCUUGACUGUGGUUAUCUCCCUCCUCCCAUUCUGUAACAAGCUCAACAAAAAGUACAAGUCGGAGAGGAGUAGCCUGGGUUCCCCACAUGACUGGAAAGAGAGGCAGAAUGCAUCCACACCUGUCAAAGAGGAGGAAGCUCUCAACAGCAAGAACAGCAACGGCUUUGGCGUCAAAUCUUUGGAGCAGCACGUGGCCGGUCUCAACCUGCUGGAGAGCAAAUAAUCCAGCAAACAGCCAUCUCUUUUUUUGUUCAAUUUUCUCCCUCGGAGCAGCACAUAGUCAACCUCACCCUUCUGGAGAAAAUUUAAUCCAGCAAAUACUUUACUCCCCUCAUUGUCAUGCACCCACCAUAGAGUGGGCCAGAGCCGUGGGGUGAAGAUGGUUACCUUGGGUCAGUCAGAGUUUGCAUUUGCUGUCUGGAUGUUGAAUUAAAAGGUUUACAGUGGAAAAAGAAGAUCCAAGCUCUCUGUGCCCAGGGGCAGUUUUACCCCAGGGUAGCUUGUUACCUGAAGCACCAGUUCCACUCCAGUCCACAGGAUGGAGACAAUCAUCAAGCAUUAGGACUUGGCCAUUAGCAGUGAGCCUCCUCAAGAAGAGGACUGGCACAAGCCUGAUUUUGGAAUCACUUACUGCUCAGCUCAGCCAUACAUCGGUCUUCACUACGUGCCUCUGCUCUGUGGUGUACUGUAAACAUGUUGCACGUUAGCCAAAUGGGGAAAAAAAACAAACAUAAAAAAACAGUGAAAUGGCUGUAAAUCCACCAAGCAUGAUACCAUCAACACCAAAUCCUUGUGUUUGAGUCUCCAAUGGUUAAUGUACCAUAGGCUUGUAAUGUUAACACUUGUUAUAUAAUGUUAGCCAUAGAGGUACACUCUCCUUUAUCACUGGCACUGUAGUCAGCAUCUCACUUGCAUAAUUAAGUAUUUUAAAAGUCAACCACGCCAAAUGAUAAAUGUCUAAUUUUUAUUGGAUUUGCUAUGGAACAUUCCGCAUGUACCAUGUUAGUAACAAAAUGCAAAAAAAUCACAAUGCCAAAUAUGAUUGUCCUCAUGAAGAUGCUACGAUCUUUAGCUUGCUACUAUUAUGAAAUCUAAAGCUCUUAGUCCUCCAGUGUUAAUUACUGGGGACAUAUUUUUAUUUGGGCCUGGUUUCUCCAAAAAGUCAGCUGGUUAAGAUUAAUCUUAGCCCUGAGAUACUUUUGGGAAGUUAAGACCUCACUUUAUAAUGUCCUGAGUAUUAACAAACCAUAUUCUGUGUAAAAUAUUAUACUCUAUUUACUUUAUUUCUCACAAAAGAAAUUGAAGAUAAUUCUGAACUGGCACCUGUGUCAAAUGGAACCUUGAAGUGUAAUUGUUAUGAAGACUAUCAUUGUGAAGCUGCCCAUUAGGCCAAUAUGUAUUAAAUGGUAUAAUCUGGUACUUGAUAUAUACAUAUAUAUACACAGUAUGUAUCCUAAGGUAAUGACUUUGGUACUAGGUGAGGGUGUGAGAAUGACUGAAAUGAAUAACAUACAUUAAGCUUUAGAGAUGCUUUGUACUGUGUGAGAGCAGCUAAGGAUGUUGGGUAUUGUAGUGGCUUUACAGAGGUGAAGAAAUCAUAGAUCUAGUUUUGGAUCAUCUAUUCUUUUGACAAUUGAAAGGUUGGAAAAAAAAAAGUGACUCAUAAAA